AUGAAGUUCUCUUCCUCCCUCCUAUCUCUCUUCGCUCUAGUCUCCUUGGUUAUCGCCUCGCCCAAUCCCGCCGGAUUCGUCGUCAAGGAUAGCCUGAACGCGCCUCAGGAUUGGGCACGCCGAUCCGUAGCUCCUUCUGACGAGCAUGUCGUCCUUCAUCUCGGCCUCGCAAAGCGUGAUCAGGCCGGUCUGGAAGCACGCUUGCUCGAGAUCUCUGACCCCGACCACAAAGACUACGGCGAGUGGCUCACUGCAGAUGAAGUCGACGCCUUCACCGCGCCUUCUGCAGAGACGAGGACUAUUGUCUCUCGCUGGCUUGAGGAGCAUGGCUUGAUGGACUCCCACAUCGAAAAGCGCAGUGUCUCUGAAAACUCCAUUUCGGUCACCGUCCCGAUUCACAAGGCUCGAGCGAUGCUUGGAGAUGCUGAGUUCCACGUGUACGAGCAUCGCGACACGGGAGAGGAGAGGAUCACGACCGAGUCUUACUCACUCCCGCGCGACGUCGCCCCUCACAUCGAGACCAUCUUUGGCCUUGCCAACUUUGCCAGAGGGUCUGCUUUCCGCUCGCCCAUUCGAGUUCUGACUCAGGAAGAGCAGGGAGACGACUCUACCCCAGGUGUAGUCAAGGCUUCUUCCGCGUCGGGUGCACCCGCUUCCUGCAACUUCAAUUACGUGACUGCCCACUGUCUCCGUUACCUGUACGGUACUGAGGACUACAAGCCUUAUGGCAAAGGCCAGCACAUCGGAAUCAGUGGCUUCGGCAAGGAGUAUGCCAACUUCGAUGAUCUGCAAUUGUACCUCAAGAACCAGCGCAAAGCCAGGGAGGGGUACAAGUUCAGUGUGACCACAAUCAAUGGCGGUCACAACACUCAGAGCAAGCCGGGAGCCGAAGCCAAUCUCGACACCCAGGUCGUCGCCGGUCUUGCUGCUCCCAUCAGGAGUACCUACUACUCUACUGGCGGCUCACCUCCCUUCAAAGCCGACAAAGGGACGCCAACCAACACGAAUGAGCCUUACGCUGAGCAGCUGGACUAUCUGCUCGGUCUGACCCACCCUCCGGCUGUCCUGUCCACCAGCUAUGGUGACGAUGAGCAGACGGUACCAUAUGCGUAUGCCAAGCGUGUGUGCGCAGACUUUGCCAGUCUGACGGCUCGCGGUGUGUCGAUCCUCUUUGCCUCGGGCGACUCGGGUGUCGGUGCUGCAAGCUCCUGCCAAACCAAUGACGGCCUCAACACCACUACCUUCCUGCCCGUGUUCCCUUCCACUUGCCCUUGGGUAACGAGUGUGGGUGCCACAAUGGACUUUGCCCCCGAGGUCGUGGCAGAGGCAAAGGAGUCGUACAUCACCAGCGGCGCUGGCUUCUCCAACUACUUUGCCAGGCCCAGUUACCAAAAGACGGCGGUCCAGGGAUACCUCAAGACUCUCGGUACUGAGAAUGCUGGUCUGUACAAUACCACUGGCCGUGCUUACCCUGACGUUGCCGCACAGGGCUCCCGCUACAAGAUCUACGUCGGCGGCAAGUACUAUGCUGUUUCUGGCACUUCUGCAUCCACGCCGACGAUGGCGUCGAUCAUUGCCCUGCUGAACGACGCCCGUCUCAAGGCGGGCAAGUCGACGUUGGGCUUCUUGAACCCUUGGAUCUAUUCUCUCAACGGCAAGGGUUUCACUGACGUCACCAGUGGCAACUCGUAUGGAUGCUCUACGGACGGUUUCCCCGCCACGGAAGGAUGGGAUCCCGCUACAGGCUUUGGAACGCCCAAGUUCAAGACGCUGCUGUCACAAGCUCUCAAGAAGUAG